AUGAAAUUAACACAAAAAACACUUUUUCAGUGUUUUGAAAAAUCUCGUCCAUCAGCACCAAUAAUUAAUUCUUUACCAAACAUCCAGCCAUCUCAAUCUCAAAUAAAAAGUUCUAGUGAACAACGUGAAUCGAAUGUUCAUCGAUCCGAUUUUGUUUUACCUAUUCAUAUACGUCAAUUAGAUAAUACAUUAUCUAAUGACAGCAUACCUUAUCUAAAUGAAAGGAAAUUCAAUGAUGAAAACCUGUUGCAUUCGAGCCAAGAAUUUUAUCGAAUAUGUCCAACAAUUGUUAAGAAUGAAAAUCCGCUACCGAAACUGGAGUUUAUUAAAAUAUCCUCGACUGAACGCCAAAUGGAAUUAUUUGCUGAAUAUACCCAUGAUGAACCCUUAAUUGAUUGGAAAUCCAUGUUUGAGAUUCUACAAGAUUAUCGUAAAAAAGCUAUAGAACAAAAUCAAUAUGAACAAUUAUUAUGGACCGAAAUAUAUCGUCCAAAAAAUACAAAAACCUAUCUAGGAAAUCAUACACGACAAAUGAAACGUCUAAAUGAAUGGUUUUCAUAUUGGAGAAAAAAAUUACAAAGUGACCAACCUAAAAAGCAAAAUUCACGAAAAAAACGCAAACGCAUCGCUGAUGACGAUUAUUCCGACGAAGAUUUUUCUAAUGAUUCAAAUAUGCUAUUCGAUGGUGGUUGCCAUCCGAAACCAGAACAUCCACAAUUGAUUUUUAUUCAUGGCUCCGGAACAACAUCGCUUGUGCAUGCCCUUGCUGAUGAAUAUAAUUUUAUAGUAACUGAAACGAAUGGGUCUCAAACACGAGCACGCGCACCUCUACUUAAACAACUUGAACAAGUAACAAAUCACCAUCAACUAUCCUUUAAACGUUGUCCAUCAGAUACGAUUAUGUUGCAAGAAGAUGAAUCGAAAUCGAUGAAAGAAUUAUUAUCUCCAUUACCCGUAAAGAAGAAAGCUAAAAAUGAACGUAAUUCAAUAACGUCUUAUUUUAAUCAAGGAAAAAAUAAUGAUGAACAAAAAGAAAAUAAGUCUCAAUAUCAAUCAAAAGCAACAAUUUCUGAUAGAAAAGACUCGAAAAAGUUAGCCAAUGAAACUAAUACUACAAAGCGACGAAGUAAAACCAAACCAGAAGAAAAACCAAUUAUACAACCAGAUAAUCAAUUUCUCUCAUCUGUUCAAGUUGAAAAAACAUCUCUUAUUCUUUUCGAUGAGAUUGAAACAUUAACAACUGAUGAUAAUUUUUGGUCAUGUUUGAAAAAAUUACUUGAAACAGCUAAAAAACCUAUUAUUUUAACAUCAAAUAGUAGAACGAAUCCAGAAGACGCAAUUGUUAAUCUAUCAAAAAUUGGAUAUUACGAACUUGUUCAUCUUGAACCGAACGAAGAAGAACUUGUUUGCUGUUUUCUUCGAUUGAUACUUUUGAUUGAGAUGUUCGAAGUACCUGUGCUGGAUGAUCUUAAGAAACUUUUUCAUUUUUGCUCAUGUAAUUUACGGCAAACAUUAUUAACACUGGAAUUUAUUGCACAAACAUCAACAGUGAAAAAUAUUGAAAUAUCCGCUUCAGAAGAGAAUAAUUCAACAAUAUCAAAACCUAAAUGGCAAUCAUCGCGUAUAUUCGAUGCUAUGUAUUAUUCACAUCUUGGUGAACAAUGGAAUGAAUCUCCAAUGAAAAUACUUUGUGAUGAUUUAACAGUAAAAUAUACAUCCAAAUAUAAACAAUCUCAUUGGCUGUUACUUAGUAAUAGUAAAACUGAUGAAAAACGCAUUGAAUUGUAUGAUACAUUCAAAUUGUUUAUGCAAGAAGAAGAAUUCGAUAAUAUUAUUGAUCAGCCAUCUUUUUAUCUCGAUUAUCGACCUUAUAUUCGACAAAUUUGUCAAAAUGAACAGAAUAACAAGAGUGAUUUAAGUUCAAAGCGACGCAUUCGACAUAGUCUCAGUUUUCGUGGUUGCUCAUUACAAUGGCCCGACUUUGAAAUUUUAUCGGCCGGUAUCGAUUAA